AGUGAACCCGAUAAAGAACUAAUCAGAAGCCGCCAUCAUAACAGCAAACACAAACGAUUCAACAUACCCCGGGGGUCUCCCUCUAUGAUGGGAGGGGGUGGUCCCUUCCACGGAGGUGGGUCAAACGGCAGCCCAAUGGGAGGAGUCUUGUCCCACGGGCCGAUGUCAGCCCAAUCAAUGGGCCCAGGGGGCGGGAUGCGAGGUCCGCGCCCAGGGGGCGGGGCGAUGGGCGGGGCGAUGGGAGGACACGCCCCUUCCUCCGUUUUUAACCCCUCCCGCUGUCUGAGACGUGUACGGUGUCCCCAAUGGUGUCUAAUGGUUGAUGAAUUUGGCUGUCAAUCUUGUCCAUGUGGUCCAGGCGGCGGAAUGAUGGCGAUGUCAGGCGGUUCUUUCAUGUCCGGCAUGCCUUCCAUGGGCGGAGCCGCUUUCUCUCACGUCAAUCAAGGACCAGGAACUAAGACAGACUGUCUAGGGGUGGAGCUAUGCAAAUCAACCUGUGAAGGGAGGUACAGGAUUGGUCCUUUAGGAUCAGACGGAUGUCCGUCCUGUGACUGCAGCCCGGUAUCAGUGGGCGGAUCUUCCAUUGGCGGUGGAGGAGGUGGAUAUAUGGGUGGAUCAAACUCCGUCAAUGGCGGAUUCACCCCGUUCACCACCUCUGGUGGCGGCUCCAACAUCUCAGGGGGCGGAGUCGGGGGCGGCACCAUGCCAGGGGGAGGUGGAACUGUAUCGGGUGGCCGACCGUCAACACAAGUUACCACGGCAACAUCUUCCCACAACACAUACCUUGUGUCCCCGCCCAAUGAGUGCAGAGUAGAACAGACGUGUCGGGAGACGUGCGGAACUCACUACCACAUACGGGAGGCGGGGCGUGACGGGUGUGGCACCUGUAUCUGUGUCAAACCGGCAGUCACCUACACUCAAGUUGUUCAGCCACAAGUUAUUCAGCCACAAGUUCAGCAGAUAGUGACCUUGACCUGCCCUAGUUUGGUGUGUAGCUAUGGAUGUAGUGUUGGCUACAAGUGUGGGGCAGACGGAUGUCCCACGUGUGACUGUGCCAUACCCUCAGGGUACUCCACACAUGAGGUUGUCAUUCAACACAAGGUUGACUGUGUGACGUCAUUCAGCUGUCCUACUUCCUGUGAGGUCGGGUACAAGUGCGGUGUGGACGGAUGUCCCACCUGUGAAUGUCUAGUCGGAUACGUACAGCCCCAGACCACGUCUGAAUGCAUUGAUUGCGAGUACAUUGACUUCCUCACACCUACACCCGAACCAGUGACGUACGUACAAACAGCACCAAAACAAACAGAAACUGUUUACGUCACAGGAGGGAGCAAGUGUCAUGAUUGUGACGUCACACCUCAGAUGGUGUCAUAUGUCAAGCCUAGACCACAAACUCAAACUGUUUAUGUCAAAAACCCGAACGAGUGUUACAAUUGUGAGCCCCCUGUGGAACCCCAGUUGGUGUCCUAUGUCAGACCCCGGCCCCAGACCGAGGCUGUAUACGUCACAGGGUCCACAGACUGCAAUGGCUGCGAGAAACCUCACACCUACUACGUACAGAAACCCCCCACACAGACAGUGUAUGUACAAAAACCGGAGACUGAACACACCGGAAUCCCGGUAUAUGUAGACCGGCCACGCCCACAAACCGUAUUGGUCACACAAACCUCGGGCUGUCACAACAGUAACACGUGCGGCUCCAAGGUCCCGGAUACAGAACACACGGGGAUCCCUAUCUACGUGGACAGACCGCCUCCACAGAAACAAACGGUGGUCGUCACUCAGACUCAGACCAACACCAAGUGUCACAACAGCAACACGUGCGGCUCAAGUCAAUACGUCACAGGUUCCGGUGGUGUAAUCCUGGGUGUAUUGACGGGCGGAUCAAGUUACUCUAUAGGAUCAACGGGCGGUGGCGGAUCCUAUUAUAACAUUGGGUCUACUGUAGGGAGCGGAUCUGGUACCUAUUUGACACACAGGGGCGGGGGAACUCCCUAUGGUAUCAGUGGUGGAUCGGCAGUCUACAGCAACGGGCGCGUGCUUACUGACACAGGAAGUGCAUAUUGUCCCCCGAUGAGACAUGACUGUCACCCUUCCUGUAUCAAGUAUGACGACCCUCACUGUAGACGCUGUCUGUGUUGACAG